AUGGCGAGUCACUUGACCGAGGUCAAGGCACCCUGCAGCGUGGCGAAUGCCUUGAACAACGAGGCAUCGGCACUGCCCAUGACUCGGAAGCUGGAGGCCGAUCCGGAGGAGUUCCGGCGCCGCGUCCGGCGCUCCCUGCUGGGGGACGAGGGCUUCGAUCGGGUGCUGGGCAGUGGCAAGGCAUCAACCGCACCGUUGCCAUCAAAGCCAAUUGCCAUGUCGGAGACCAUGCGACUCGAGAUGAUGAACAUCGAGGUCUUGAAAGAAGAUUUCAAGGCCACUGCUGCAGCUUACCUGGAAACUAACCGGGCAGAGCUGCUGCAAAUCAGCCGCUGUGAGCUUCGAGAUUCAGGGAUGGGUGCCUGCUCUGGCAACUGCAGAACCAGCCUGCUGCGUGUAAAUGCCAAGCAGCGCCAGGCCACAGACUGUGAGGUGUAUGUUGCAUUGACCCGGCAGGCUGGCGAGAACCACAAGUUGCAAGCCGCGCUGUCAAAGGCCUUGGGCCAGGCGAACCUGGCAGCCGAAAGGGUGAGCUUUGCAGAGGUCCCUUGCAUCGAGCAUGCUCGCGGUCCUGACUUUGAACGCUUGCAGGAUUUCAUGUCCAACGCUGUCGGAGACCCGGUGGUUUUGGCGAGACUCACUCUGCUCACAGACGGUGGGCCGUGGCACAACGGAAAGGACCUCGGUCGCAAGUGGAGUCAGGAGUCGCGGGUCACCGAGCUAUGUGGGACAGGAUCUUUUCUUUUGGGUGCUUCCAAGGCCGCCAUUCAGAGUGCUGGACUCGAUGUGGAGUUUGAGCCAACGACCGCAAACGCAGAGAGUCUUGCUUGGGUCUCGGAGAUGGCUCUAGCGUUGCACUACCGCUUUACCUUCAUCACUGCCGAGGAAGAGGAAGAUCAAUCCACGUGCGCUUUUAUCCGCAUCUGCAGGGCGACACGGCACCAAGACCCCAGCAUCUCAACCCCACGAAGGAUGACAGAGAGGAAUGCAAGCAAGUGUUUGUUCGAGCUGAGAGUAUGUCGCGACAGCCGACAUCCAGAGAUCCCAGCACAAUCAGCUACAGGUUCUCCGGCCCACUGGCUCGAACGGCGACAGCUUUUGUUUGUUUGCCAGAUACAUUCAGUCUCAGCCACGCAAAACCGGAAGCUGCCGUUCUGUCAUUCCGGACAGUUCAGCAGGAGCAAGGCAAGCUCCACACUAGCCUGA